GGAUGUUGCAUGCCCGCAUGACCGUUCUGGCUUGAAGGGUGCCCCGCCCUGCGCAAGAGGCUUCUGCGCAAAAGGGUUAUUGCUGCGCAAACGUGGUGCAUCGGAUAGAUGCCAUAGCGUGCGUGUUGAUGGAGUAAUCCACAAUGGGGCAGCGAGAGAAGCUUUUUUGGGCUUAUCAGGUGAACGAUGAUGAGAUGAAGUCAGGUGCUCGGCAGAGGUUGGCACAGAGCCAGGUGCCUAUGCUGCCAAGUGUGCAGAAGCCAGGUCUCUUCCAUACACUUCCCCACACAGGGGUAUUGACCUCGAGGAAUGUGAAGCUGCCACUUCUGCAUGACAGCCAACUGUCUGCCACAGAUGCGCUGCUUGCAGCAGCCACUGCCGCCAGUCGAUCGACUGGAUCUUUACAUCCUUGGUCGAGCAAUAGGUUUCAGAUGUGCAAAUCUGAGUCAGAGCAGCUUCUCCCAAGGAGACGCAAGGCUUGCAACCGACUUUUGCAGAGGCUCUCUCUCUCCGAUUUCGGGAGUGCUGAGGAUCUGAAGAGCACCAGAGGUACAUUUGGCGCACAUCGUGUUGGCAUGAGUCCCGCUCGCAGGAAGGAGCGCUCAAGGAAGGAUUCUGCCGAGGAACAUGCAGCUCUCUUUGAGAUCGCACGGACUGCGCAUCAGAUCUGCCUGAAGCUCACAGAGAAGAGGCCAGACGAGAAAUCCCCACGUCCUGGGAAGGGGAAGGCGUCCAGGAAAAGUUACCAAAAGAAGAAGAGUAAAGAGAAGGAGGCGGAAAUGCAAAAGGCCAUGGAAGCUUGGUCCAGAGCCACACUGGCGAGUGUCCCCGAGGCAGAUGCCAAAACAAAGAGUGCAGCAGAGACAAGGAUGAGGGAGUUGGAGGAUGAGAUGAAGGAGGAGUCAGAAGACGAACCUUAUACUCCAGUAACUUCACCUUUGGCUUCCAGGCAAUUUGGGGAAGAAUUUGCUGGUUCUGGGGAAAGCUCGCCCAAGUCAGGUAGUAAGAAGCGUGUGACACGGACUACUUCAAUGCGGUCAACGGUCGCGGGCCGCAACGAUGAGUCCUAUGGGCUUCCCAACUUGCAAGACCGCCUGGACCAGAUUCAGAACACGUACUUUGGCAAGGGUGAUCUCAUGGAUGAGGCUACUGUCCAGCGCAUGCGGACUGUCUUUAACCGCUUCCGCAAUGCCUCCGGAAAUGAGAUCAUGCAGGAUGACUUGCCCAGCGCUGUGGAGUUCUUGGGAUAUGUGGUCACUUCCGAAGAGGCACUCGAACAAGUGGCGAAACAAGUCACGUCAUUCAAGGAGAUGGAUUUCAAUGAGUUUCUCGAGUUUGUGGAAAAGUACAGUCGCCAGCAAUUUGGGCGCUACGAGACCUUGUUCCAUGAGUUUGAUGAAGAUGGCAGCGGAGAGAUUAACGUAAGUGAGCUGAGGAAGCUACUUCUAAGCAUUGGCUUCGUGGUGGUAAGACAAAUGAUCGAAGAGGCCUUGGAUGUGGUGGAUAGUGAUGGGAAUGGGCAACUGAAUUUCGAAGAGUUCAUCUACUUCCUAACAGUCUACCAACACACAGAGGGCUUCACGAAGGACGAGGUGAAGCGAAUGCACGAUGUUUACAAGGGCUUCGUGGCGGAGUCUGUGAAGUUGAAGAUGGGGUCUUUUCUUCGAUGUGAAGACCUUGCCGAUGCUUUGGUGGCCGUUUUUGGCCUUCAUGCCGAACCCCAUGCAGUACGCAUUGGGCAUAAGCUAUGCAACAAUUCGAACGGUGGCAAAAGGAAUACAAGUGCCAGUGAUGGCUUAGCUUUCCAUGAGUUCUUGAUCUUUGCCCGUAGUGUGCGGCUAGCCGAGCAGGCUCUCUACAAGAAGGAGUUCCACAGAUUUGACCAGGAUGGCAGUGGCAACAUCAAUGCAUCGGAGCUCCGGAACGUGCUGCAAGCUUUGGGAUACCGGCCGAUGCGUGUCGUGAUCCAAGAAGUUUUGCAGGAGGUGGACUUCGAGCAAGAUGCUGAACUAGACUUUGAGGAGUUCUUCCACUUUAUGCUGGUCUUCAAGCAACGUGACGGCUUCAGCAGCAAGGAAUUGAAGGACUUCAAGGAUGUGUUUCGCAAGUUUGAUCGUGAUCAGUCUGACAAUAUCAAUGUGCACGAGCUUGGCGACAUGUUGCGAUACCUCGGCUUCAGCGUAGGAACGGACAAUCUCUACAUGCUGCUCGCACAGGUUGAUGUAAAUCGUAAUGGCACAUUGGAUUGCAAUGAGUUCCUACGACUGAUGCGGCUUCAUCGCGAAAGUGAACUGAAGAGGAUGUACGACGUCUUCGAACACAGAGGAGGGUUUCAGGAUGAUGAGAUCAGCUGCAAACAGGUGCCAGCAGCGCUUCAGGAUUACAUGGGUGGUGAAGUGAAGGCGGAGGUUCUGCAGAAGGUGCCACCGUCCGGUGACAUGGACUUCGAGGAGUUUGUCAGUCUGGCUGAUCAAGCACGCUGGGCGAAGGUGAUCUCCGAGCGACGAAUGGCGGGCUUCUCUCAAGCGGAAAUCUCAAGUCUGGAGGAGAUGUUCUCACACUACGACAAGGAUGGUAGUGGCGAUAUUGACUCCUUUGAGGUUCAGGAGUUGCUAAAUGACUUCGGGCUCAAGCUCAGGACAAGGGCAGAACGCCAAGAAGUCUUGGACCAGUUGGAAGAAGCUCGACAACUGGCAGCUGAGGCUGGCGUCCAACACGACGCCCGGAGACCGAAGAGCAUGAUCACCUUUUGGGAACUCGUACAACUUGUCCGGCUGGUGAAAACGCACAGGGCGAAGCUCAAGGAGGAGGAGAGCCAACAGCUUCUCCAGGCCAUCUCCUUCUCCAAGCAGGAGAUCGAUGACUUCCGGGCUGUCUUCCUAAGCUGGGCAAAACAUGGUGGCAUGGGCCUUUCGAGCGAAGACACGGCCUUGGGCACGAAAGUCUCUCUCCAUGAAACCGCUGCCAAGAAGCGAGAAACAGAGGAUUUGGAUGAGGAGGAGCCGGGCCUGUCUGCCUCCAUGCUACAGAAGCUUUUACGAUGGCUAAACGUGCCUGUGACAAUGCAGGGGAAGGAGGCUUUGGAGGGACGACUGAGCUUGGUACAGCAGACGGAGAAGAACGAGUUGAGUUUUGUAGGCUUUUUGCAAGUGAUGCGAUGGAUGCUGGACACCAACUUUUGCGGCAUCAAUGGAGUUGCACAAAAGGCGGCCUCAGCUGCGCAGCAACAGCUGUUUGCCAAGGAGUUGCAAGGUGCCUAAGAUCUUGAAAGGAGGAAUGUCUGAGCCGAAUCCACCAGAGAGCUCUUUUGCAACAUCUUUCAAGGUAUCCAA